AUGAAGUCGUCCAGCUUAUUUCUGCUCCUUUCAAUUCUUGCGUUGGCAGUUGCCGAUGUUAACAACUAUUACUUCUAUGCUGUCACUGAUGAUGGAGACUCAGAAGUUGAUAAUUUGUACGUUCAAGCAGCUUUGGAAACUGAUGAUACAGUCUAUUUCUUCUUGGGAGCAAAGUCUGAAGCAGUAACUUUCGCUUGUGAUACAUCAGCUAAUAAGUGUACAGUGUCUUUCCAGGACCAAAUAUUUCAAAUUGGAUCCAAUGAUGACUUUUUUGUUGUGGGUGUCAUAGAUGGAGCUGGUAUAUCACCUUAUGUUAGCUUAGAAACUGACGCAGACUCAAUGAUCACUUAUGGAGGAGUAUACAUCGAUGGAUACGAUUUUCAUGCUAAGAAAAAUGCCGAUGAUCCAAUACUGUACUCAAAGGAUAAGUUUUCUCUACUCGUUGAAGGUUUUGUUGCGGAUUCUUCAACUUACGGUUUUAAGCUUUACAACGAAAAGGCUCCACGUAAUGCUACAGCAGACGCAGGCGUAUUUAAUCCAAGCAGCAUUGUGAUAGAAGAUGAUGCUGAAACUGAGACUGAAACAGGGACAGGAUCAGACGAUACAGAAACUGGAUCGGGCACAGUUAUCUUUAAUGAAACAGAAUCCGAAUCCGGUUCCAGUUCUGCAAGAAACGUCAGCUCAGUUAGUGCUACCUUAACAAAGUCAGGUAGUAAGUCUACUACUUUUUCAAGUUCCCAUGUUACCUCAACCACAAAUUCAGAUUCAGCCAAAGAAUCUCCUUCAAGUGAAACAAGUGAAGCAAGCGAAACAAGCGGUUCAAGCAGCUCAGCUACCUCUGAAACAGGUUCGAGUAAUUCUGCUACUACAGGAUCACAAACUUCAUCGGGAGGUGCUCAAAGUAAAUACUUCUGUAGUGGUAUCGGAAUUAUUGCAAUUUUCUUCGCUCUCAUCUGA